CUGCCAUAUAAUUUCACAUUCGCUCAUCGAUCUGUGUCCAUGCUCUUUAACCAUAUACAUACAAAUAUAUGUAAUACACAUCACUAUAUAUAGAUUUAUAUAUAUAUAAAAAAGGUCUUAGUCCUAGCGAAUUUAGGAAGAUCCCUAACGCCAAAGUCGAAGACGAACUGGAGCUUCAUCACCUGCUCUCUACUUCUUUAAUCCCAUCGGCUUCAGUCAACACCCAAUUUGCAGAAUUUGUAGCGAAAGAUUCAAUCUUAAUACUUUUGUUUCUUUUUACUUAUAUUAGGGUUAGGGUUUCUGAUGUGUAAGACUCACUCCCGUGAAGUUUUUAUUGUAAAUAGAUUAUAGAACCGUAGAUUUUAUUUAUUUAUUUAUUUUUUACUAUUUUGGAAUUUUUGUGGAAAUCAUGUAAUUCAGGGUAAACUUAGGUUUAGGGUUAGGGUUUUGAAUUGUUUGAUUUUCUUUUUGGUGUGUGCUUGUGGUGAUGGAGAUGGAGAGUUCACGUAGAUUAUUUGAUAGAUCGGGAGAACCGGGUCUCAAGAAACCAAGAUUGGCCGAAGAGACCGUCCUUGCAGAGCGAAUUCGUAGUUUGAAUGGCCGCCCUUUAGUCCGGAUUUCGGAUCCGGAAACCUUUUCUAUGUUGUCCAGAUAUCGGGCUAAUGAUUUAGAGGGUAGUGAUUCAGUUCGAGGACCUUAUCAACAACAGGCUCAACAGCAGCAACAUCAAGAGCUUGUUAUUCAGUACAAGACUGCGUUGGCGGAGCUGACAUUUAAUUCCAAACCCAUAAUCACUAACUUGACUAUUAUCGCUGGUGAGAACUUGCAUGCUGCGAAAGCAAUCGUCUCAACCAUCUGCUCAAAUAUUCUUGAGGUUCCUAGUGAGCAAAAACUACCAUCGCUCUAUCUUUUAGACAGUAUUGUGAAGAAUAUUGGCAAGGACUACAUUAAAUACUUUGCUGCCAGGCUACCAGAGGUUUUCUGCAAGGUAUACAGGCAGGUUGACCCUUCAAUACAUCCUGCUAUGCGCAAUCUUUUUCGAACUUGGAAAGGAGUGUUCCCUCCUCACUCACUUCAGAUGAUUGAGAAAGAACUUGGCUUUUCCCCUCCUGCCAAUGUUUCAUCUUCAGGACCUAGGACUGAUUCUGAGUCUCAACGCCAACCUCAUAGCAUUCACGUAAAUCCCAAGUACUUGGAGGCAAGGCAGCGCCUUCAGCAGUCGAGCAGGGCAAAAGGAGCAGCCAGUGACAUUACUGGGAGCAUGGUUGACUCACCUGAGGAUGUAGAGAGACUGGAGAGAAUAGCCAGUGCAAGUUCAGGAAAGUCGUUGGUGGAUCCUCCAGUUAAGAUCCAUAAUAUUCAGCAUCCUCAUAGGGAUGCACCAAGUGAGCCUGUUCAUGAGUGGAACGUUGGUGCAACAUAUGGAGAUAAUGAAAAUAAUUAUGAUAUUUCUAGGCAUUCGGGCUCCAGAAUCAGAACAUCCAGUGAGAGGGUUAUGGAACAAGGAUCUGGCAAGCCUUGGUAUGGAGAUGGUGGCCAUGUUGCUGAGACAAUAUCCAACCAAGGAAAUGGUUUUAAUUUCAAACAUGGAUUUCCAGGUUACCCGAUCCCCAGGUCUGCGAAGUAUGAUGCAAAUCUGCAGCCAAUGCAGAGCAUUGCAAGUAGAAGCAACAGUGGGGUAGAUAGGAGCUGGAAGAACUCUGAGGAAGAGGAGUAUACGUGGGAUGAUAUGGGCUCAAGAUUGAUAGAUCGUGGUGCAGCCAAUAGCUCAAAGAAAGAACAUUGGAUGCCUGAUGAUUCAAAAACAUGGGUACAGGAUUUUGAAAACCACCUCCGAAAACCACAAAGGAAGCAUGAUGUUGGUUCGAAGGUUGAUGCAGAAACUCCGACUGAUUCAAUACCCAUAGAACAGAAAGACCAAGCAAAAUUUGGGCAUCUGAUCUCAUCCCUGCGGAAACAGGAGCUAUACUCAGCGAAUGGGACGAGUCAUUCUGGGACUGGUAAAAUUAUUUCAGGUCAUUCAGAAGGCCACCUUACCCCUUUCAGUGGAUUGUCGCAAACUGCCAGUUCUUCUCUGGUCAGGACGUCACUCCAAUCACAAAUGGGGCCUUCUCAAAUUGGAGCCUCAAGCUUUGGGUUUUUGACAAACUCAGUGUCCUGUUCCACUGGAAUCAUCGGGCAACAACCACACUCUCUGAGAGCUGCAUCACCUUCUGGACAGUCACCCAUGCACCAACAUCCUUGCUCACCUUCAUUUUCUAUGUCCCAUCCCCCUCAACUAUUGCAUAAUUUAUCAGAGCAAGCCCUUCCACAAGUUCAGCCUCUGCCUCGAGCAGAUUCGAAAGCAUCUCGGUAUCCUGGACAGUCAAACAUGGGGCCUCAUAAUCAAUUUUCUCAGGAUUCUUUGCCAAUACCUCCUCAUAAUGUUCAUUUGCGUAACUUACAAAAACUGCAGCCUCAAAAUUUAUUUACUUCAUCUCCUAUGAUGCCUUUUCUUCAAUCAGGGCACCAUAUUCCCUUUUCACAACCGCCUCAGCCUGACACAACACAGCCUCCUCUGCCAACUGGCCCUCGUCCUACCCAGUUUACAUCCGCAGGGCCCAGGGCUGCAUCAGCAUCUCUACUAAAUCCACCUUCCCAUGACAGCACUUCAGCUUCCACAGCUCUUACUCAGGGAAAGAUAGAACGGCCAGCAUCGCCACCUGGCCCUUCACCUUCCUCUCUUAUAGGUAGUGCAUCAACACAAACUUCAAACGUGGUGAAACCUGUCCCUGCUCCAGUAUCAUGUCUUUUGAGCACAUUGGUUGCGAAGGGCUUGAUAUCUGCGUCAAAAACAGAGUCAGCUACUUUUGUGCCAUCCCCGAUGCCUAUUCAAAGUCAGGCCCAGUUCCCAGAAAUUACUACAACUGGUUCAGCUUCAGUUACUUCAGAUCUAAUUUUCUCUGCUGCCCCACGUUCACCAACCACAGACGAACAAUCUCUCCCCAAACCUGCUGCUAAAAUUUCUGUUUCCUUACCUCAAUCUACUAAAGCAGAGAUAAAAAAUCAUAUUGGCUUUGAAUUUAAGCCAGAUGUAAUCCGAGAGUCACAUCCAUCUGUGAUCAAUGAACUUUUUGAUGACAUUCCCCAUCAUUGCAGCAUAUGUGGCUUUCGUAUAAAAUUUCAAGAACAAUUUGAUAGACAUUUGGAGUGGCAUGCACUAAAAAAUCCUGAGCUGAACAGUUCAUGUAAAAUUUCAAGGAGAUGGUAUUCGAAUUCAGGUAGUUGGGUUACCGGAAAGACUAGACUGCUUUUUGGAUGUGAACCCACUGGUGUGUUGGCAGAUUCUGGCAAGGCAAUAGAGAAGAGUGAGCAGAUGGUUUCUGCAGAUGAAAGCCAAUGUGUGUGUUUUCUGUGUGGUGAGCUCUUUGAAGAUUUUUACAGUCUAGAAAGGGAUGAAUGGAUGUUCAAAGGAGCUCUUUACCUGACUGUCCCAUCUGCGGAUGCUGAGGUCAAACCUACAAACGAGGGUGCUGCUCAUGGACCUAUAGUCCAUGCAAAGUGUAUGUCAGAAAGUUCAGUUCGUGAUUUGGGUCUGGCCAAUGGUGUUAAAAUGGAAAUGGAUGAAUAAGGGUUUGAGGUGAGAAAGAGAAACCGUCAUAAUUCAGAUCCAGGUUCACUAAUUGUGGCUUACAUAUGCAUUGUCUUAUGUGCCAAUCCACCUGUGCCUUGAAAAGUGCUGUCAAGAGCUGUGUUUUUUCCCCUCUAUUUUUUCUGUUUCAAUAUCUUUUUUGAAAGUUCAGAACUGAAACAAAUAUAUAAAUGCCUGAUGCUUCACACCAGUUUUCUUCUCUAAUGUGGUUGACAUGUUGUUCUGUGUGUUUGUUUUUUUUCAUUUUGCUAAAGCAAGAUUUUGGCAGAGGUUCACUAUCUGUUGCUAGCAGCAAAACAAGCGCAUGUUCGUUUAGCUUCACAAUCAUCAGGAAACAAGCCACAGUAUUAUUGAAGUAGUAAUGAGCUUGAACAUUUUUUCUUCUUUUCAUUCAAGUUUUUUUGAUCGAGCACUGCUUUUUAAACAUUUUGUUACUGGCAAAUGGAUUCAGUUGUAGUUAUCAUGCAUAAGAGAAUCUCAAUUUAUUUAAUGGCUUUUGUUAAUACAAGUUCUUUAUUCUCUUACA